AUGGAAUCCACAAUAAUCUUCAUCCUUCUCUCCAUCUCCACAUGCUUCUUCUAUUUUCUUAAUUCCCUAUCUCGCCGUCGGAAGUCGGGUGUAAUCACCCGACUGCCRCCCGGCCCAUAUCCGUUUCCGAUCAUCGGAAACAUCUUAAAACUCGGAAACAAACCGCACCACUCCCUUGCCGCCCUCUCCAAAACCUACGGACCUUUAAUGUCCCUUAAACUCGGCACCACCACCACAAUCGUCGUUUCCUCUCGCGAAAUCGCGCAAGAAUUCUUUUUGAAACACGACGUUUCUUUCUCAUCGAGAUCGAUACCGCACGUUGUUAACACACACGACCAUGAUAAACUCUCCAUGGCUUGGUUGCCGGUUGGUGAUCAAUGGCGCAAGCUUCGMAGAAUAUCUAAGGAACAUUUGUUUGUGGUACGCCAACUCGAUGCUAGCCAUCUGCUACGAAAAGAAAAGGUUCAACAACUUGUUGAUCAUGUUCAGGGUUACUGUGAUAACGGGAAACCGGUGAAUAUCGGUCAAACUGCAGCCACAACGACUCUUAAUGUUCUGUCCAACUUCAUCUUCUCUAUUGAUUUAGCUCAGUAUGAUUCUCGUUCUUCUCAAGAUUUUAAGGAUCUCGUAUGGUCUUUAAUGGAAGUUGGUGGAAAACCAAAUAUAGCCGAUUUCUUUCCUGUUCUUCGUUGGUUGGAUCCACAGGGAUUGCUGCGAAAAUCUAAUCUUUAUACUGGGAAGAUAUUGGCGAUAUUCGAAGAAUAUAUCAAUAAACGGUUGGAAGAAAGAAGUUCAGGUUCAUCUGAUGCUUCAUCAAGCAAAGAUCUUCUGGAUUUGCUGUUAGAUAUGAGCGAAAACGAGCAAUCAUUGAUCAGCAUCGACGACAUUCGACACUUGUUGUUUGACUUAUUUAUUGCAGGAACCGAGACAACAUCGAGCACAUUGGAAUGGGCAAUGGCGGAGCUAAUCCACAAUCCCGAGCAAAUGUCGAAAGCCCGAUCAGAGCUAGAGGAAGUAAUCGGAAAGGAAGACCGGACCUUUCAAGAAUCCGACAUCUCGAGGCUCCCAUACUUGCAUGCCAUAGUGAAAGAGACUCUCCGGCUGCACCCUCCGGUGACUUUUCUACUCCCUCAUAAAGCCACAAAGGAUGUGGAGAUCCAAGGCUACAUCAUCCCAAAAGACACUCAGAUCCUUUGUAACUUGUGGGGUAUGGGUCAAGACUCGAACACAUGGUCGGAUGCACAACGGUUCAAGCCACAGCGAUUUCUUGAUGUGGGAAUCGACUACAAGGGUCGUGACUUGGAACUGAUACCGUUUGGUACGGGGAGGAGGAUUUGUCCAGGAUUGCCUCUUGCGCAUAGAAUGCUGCAUUUGAUGUUGGGAUCUUUGAUUUAUAAGUUUGAUUGGAAGAUUGAAGAAGGGAUGGUGAUGGAUAUGAGUGAUAAGUUUGGGAUGACAUUGCAAAAGAAUUUGCCUCUCAUGGCCAUCCCGGUCAAACUUUGA